AUGACACUAAUCGAGCAACAAGUAGUCAAAAAUUCUUGUUUUGAUCAUAAAUUUACUUCCGAUGUUCUUCAGGGAGUGAACUCGAGCAAAAAAAGUGAGACUUUGGAUGGAUUUCGAACAAAAUUUGUGCUUCCCUGCAUCGUUCCACGUUCAAAUGAGGCAAAUUUGGUCUUCAGUCGUGAUGAUUUUCGAAAUUUUCGGUAUUUGUUGUUCGAUGCGGUCGGAUUUAACAGUCGUGAAAUCUACAAAAAGCUACUUUUGGACUAUUAUUCGUCGUCAAGUCAUGUCUCGCUAACCACUUUACAAGAAAUUUUCGGCGUAAAAUCCAUCAAAACUCCUCGAAAAGUGAAGGAAUCUACACAAUUUGUCAAUAUUUUCAUCAAAACUGGGGAAUUUCCUCGUGACAAGGCUUUGUUCUUUGUCGUUUACUUAAAAUCUGAUCGUUCAACGAAGUUUUGCUCAAAAGUCGUGGAGACUCAUGCCUCAAAAACGGAAUGGAAUGAGCAUUUAUGCAUACCGAUUUAUGUCAAAAAAGACCUUAGAGAUGAACUUAUCAUCGAAGUUGGAAAUUUUCAUGAUUUUGCUUCAAAUCUUCUUAAAAAUUCACCAAAUUUGGAGCUUUUGAGCAACAAUGACACUUCAGAAAUACGAAAAUUGGUCCUUGAAACGUCUCUGAUGUCGAAAAAGUUGCUUUGUAAGUCGAAAUCCGUUGGAAAAGUCACCAUCGAUGAAGAGUUUUUGGGCGAUAGUCACGAUUUAGUGCUGAAAAUCAACGGAAAAUCCAUUUCUGGUGAACUUCAUUUGCAAAUUGAGGUCAGCGAUGGUCCCUCAAAGGACUUUCAAUCAAAAGAACAUGCAAUUGUGACUAAAUUAGGGCUCAUCCACGACCAAGAAAUCAACAAAGGAACAUUUAUCACGUCCUCAACUGAAGCAAUUCUCGACCAACAUCGCAAAAUUUGUCAUUUAACGUCUUUUGAGUCAACCCUUGUGCGAUGGAUUUGUCUUUCACAGCUCCAAAACGUCUUUAAAUUCGAUUAUUUGGUCUUGGAUAACGUCAUUCAGCAUAUUUUUCAGCAUUUAACGGACUCAGAGAUGCCAAUUUUGUACGUGGAGCCUUUUGGAAGUGCAACAAAAGUUAUUUUAGAAGGAAUUUUUGACAGAAUUCACGAAGUAAAAGCAGAUAAUCACGCAUUUAGUGUCUUAAAUUACGUUUUCGGCAUCAAACCGUGUGUCAAAAAGGAACAUUUUCACUCACCGAAAGGAAUUUUGAUGGAAAAUCUCGUUUCUGAGGAUCUACAGAAGAAAAUUGAAGAAGCAAUUGAAGGCGGGAUCGAUAUUUGGUGGCAACAUAACACAAAAGGAGUCGUUUUUGAGUGUCUUGAGGACAUGAUGAGGUUCCUGGAUGAGCUUUUCGAGUACCAAGAAGCUCUGUUACAAGCGUAUUCUGGAAUUUUCAAGCAAAAAUUGAACUUUGACUUGAAAAGUGUUUUGAAAAAAGUAAUUUUUCAUCAAAUUUCUGGAAAAAUUGAACCGAUUCUUGGAAAUUUCGCACAAAAACUUGAAUCUGAAAGCAAAAUUAUUGAAAAAAGUUUGAAUUUAUGUGAAAAUGUCAAGAAAUAUUACGAAAAUUUAGUGCAUUUGGUUGAUACAGACCUGAAGGAACGCGCAAAUUAUUUAUUCACAGUGCUAAAAAGACUUCACAGCAACUUUUUCUUCGUUUUUCAUCAAAUUUCAUCCAAAGCAAGUGAUUUUUGGGUCCUGGAAGCAACAUCAAAAGCGAUGACUUGCGUUGAACGAACUGUUGACUUGGAAAAUUUCACUUCAAUAGACGAAAAUGUUCGUUAUAGCUCGUCUUCUGUGGAUUUUUUGGGAAUUUUAGCUGAAUUUAGGAUUUUUUGGGAAGAUUUUUUGACCUUAAACGGAGGAUCUGAUGAAAUUAAUUCAAAAAUAUUGAAUUUUAUACAAAAAAUCGUUCAAUUGUUCAUCGAUUUGUCAUUGAAAAAGGUCAAAAAGUUGAGUGACGAGCAAUUUUUGGACAUUUGGAUCACUUUUUUGCACAACAUCAACCACAUUAGACAAGAAAUUCAUCAGAAUUUGCUUCCAACGGUCAUUAACAAGAAAGAAAAUUACAUCGAAGACAUCUUAAAAGAGCUUCAAGUCGAAAAAAUUUUCGCUACGGAACUGAUUUUGAACACUCAACACGAAAUGGGUAUCGAAAAAUCCAUUGAUGACUUCAAUUAUGACGAAUUAAGGACCAAAUAUGAGGAUUUUUGUUCAAUUCUUCACGAGGAAUUUCAUAACUCACCAAGUUUCGGUCAAAUUUUCGUUGAAAUCUGGUCAGAAUCGUUAAAAUUCUUCAACGACAUCCACGAAAAAGCAAUUCACGCUGGGGCUCAUAUUGAAUUUUACUGCAAGUUACACGAAACAAUAAAAUCCAUCUCGCAUAUUUGCUCAAAAAUGGUCGAUAACUCCUCAGUUGAGUUCAAUCUCGAUAGAAAUCUUGAGCGAAAAUUAUUUUUAAACUCAACAGAGUCAGAUGACUUGAUUGAACAAUACUACAUUGAACGUCACAAGCUUCAAAAUCUGGAAAAAACUAAAAGUUUUGGCACCUUAACGGUUUCUGUGACACGAAAAAAUGAAUUUUUGGAGAUAAAUAUCUUGAAUUUGAAGGAUCUCGUACCUGUUGAAUGGAAAACCAGCUGCGAUCCAUAUGUGAAAAUACGUUUCGUACCGUUGGAACACUUUAAAGAUGUUGGGAAAUAUCAUACGAAGGCAAAAUCGAAGACCACAUGUGCUCUUUUUGAUGAAAAAUUCGAAAUUCCAAUUUCUAAAAUCAACGUCAACGGAAGCAAUUUCAUCCAUUUCAUGAUCGUCGAAAAGGAAUUGAUGACAAAAAUUCACUUGGGAGACGCUUUUUUGCCUUUAAUUGACUAUUUAGACUUCAAUCCAGACUCAAAAAUGUCACAAAUUCAUCUGAAAUUAACAAAACCUGACGAAAGCUCAGAAAUCAUCAAAACCUUGGAAAAUCGCGAACAUCACGACAAAAUAGCAAAAGAUUUCUUGAAACAUUUGCGAUCUCAGAUGAACCACGGCAAGCUAGCGACUCUUCAACACCGAAUCUACGAACGCCAGCACUCGAUAUCGGAUUUUAUUCAUUCCCAUACUGCUCGAAACCAUCACAGCUGA